AGUGGGAAGCAAAUACUACUAGUACUGGUCAUAAAGUAUAGGAAAAGAUCACAUCCAUGCAGUAGUGGACUGCAACCUAGCGUUUGAGUUGACUCAGAACAAGGAAGCAAUAAAUAACUUCCCAAUUUUAUUAUUAUUAUUAUUUCCCAGAAAUCACUCUCUUCUUCUGCACUUGGACAAACCCUAAAAGCCCAUUCAGCUGUGGUUACUGUUUUCUCUAGAAAGAGAAGCUGCUGGAAAUGUACAAGAACCAGCUUCAAGAGCUGGCCCAGCGGAGCUGCUUCAACCUGCCUUCCUACACGUGUAUUCGGGAAGGUCCCGAUCACGCGCCAAGGUUCAAGGCCACCGUCAACUUUAACGGCGAGAUCUUCGAGACCCCUCACUACUGCUCCACUCUCCGUCAGGCCGAACACUCCGCCGCCGAAGCCGCUCUCAAUUCCCUCUCCCACCGUGGCCCCUCCCAUUCCCUCGCCGCUAAGAUCCUCGAUGAGACUGGAGUGUACAAGAACCUUCUACAGGAAAUUGCGCAAAGGGUAGGAGCUCCAUUGCCUCAUUACACAACGUACAGGUCAGGCUUAGGACAUUUACCUGUUUUUACCGGGAUAGUAGAACUGGCUGGAAUCACGUUCACUGGUGAACCUGCCAAGAAUAAGAAACAAGCUGAGAAAAAUGCAGCUAUGGCAGCUUGGUCCGCUUUAAAACAAUUGGCAAAAGAGACUGCAAGCUCCUCAACUGAACCAGAGAACAAUGACGAAGUGGAACAGAUUACAAUAGCGCGGGCUUUACUGAACUACCGUUUGAAGGAAAAGAUGACUAUGUCUAAUCCAAAUGCUCCCCUUCCAUUUCAUGAAAGGUUUCAGAUUCAAAAUCCAAGGCCAAUCAGUUCUCAACCGCCCCCAGCCACUUCAUCAAAGAUCCUUCCCCUAAUUUGCCAGAAGACAGCACCUCGAAGUAAGCCUUCAUUGGCAACAACAACAACAAAUGAAAGUCCUGGAAGCAGGCAUCCACAGGCAGCAGUGGCAGUGACCAGUGACAAUUCCAACCUGCCACAACAAUCUUGUUCUCUAGAAUGCCGAGCGACCCGUCCCCUGAAGUUUCCUGCAGCAGGAGCAGCACCUUAUGUUCCCAUUCGACAAAUGAGACCAUCUUGCCAACGGAUUGCACCUCCGGUGACUAUAAGGACAGUUGUACCUGCAUUCGCUGCACCACCUGCCUCGGUGCCCCAUCCUGUUAUACGGGCUCCUCCAGUACGAGUUGCUCCUCCAGUCACUAUUCGACAAGCUGUUCCAUUAUAUGCUGCUCCCAAACAACAAGAAGAUCUACCAACUGCUAAUGCCUCGGGCCAGCAAGACAAACUGCCCGUUAAAAUUCAGGAGAUGGACAAGGCUGAGAACAUUACACCAGAAUCAAACUAUGCGUAGUUUGGAGCAUCUGAGAAAUUGAAAUUUACUGGAGUUGGUCUAAUCCAUGGGAACGCUGUCAUGUUUUUGUACUUGAUCCUAUAAUCAGUGAUGAUCCCUUCCUUUUUCCUGUUAAAUGUGACAGUUGGCGCAGGUUGAUUAGCAUCAGCAGUUCAAUAUCUGUGAAAUUCAAGAGCAGUUUGUCUUUAGAUUUACUCAUGUUUUUACUUUAUUCAAAAUCUUCUCAUACCUUGUCAGCAAGUCUGCGAGCUUGAUCAUUGCUCGCAUUUUCAAUGUUUCAGUACUGCUUCACUCUGGAGUGCGAAAUUGUUGUUUUUCAACAUGGUUGGUAAUAGUUAUUUCAGAAUUCA